CUGGCGAAUAGCGUAGCAGAAAAGGAUCCGUAUAAAGAAAAAAAGACAGGUUGACCUUAUAUUUUUGGGGGGCGCUAACCCUGGUGAGAAUCAACACCCAAAUAUUUGAAAAAGAUGCAUAAAUAAAUUUAAUUUAGAUGAUACAAUUUCAAUAGAUAAAAAUAAUUUACUUUCUCUCAUUGUGACAAACAGUAAUCGGUAGCAUGGUUAUCUUGGAGGAAAAGGGAGAUAGAAAAAUGAAACAUAGAACGAGACGAGGAGAGCGUUGGGAGGUAUGAUUUAAUAUGUGUUGUACGGGACAUUUCAACAACAAGUUCUAGUCUCUUAGCUGAUUGCUUGAGCGAUUCAAUAUUAUUUUCUGUCAAUGAUAAAGUUGCAGCGGAUAUUCAUGUGAAAAACUGAUAACAAACAAAAAAUGUUUGGUUAUGGGUGAAUUAAAAGUGAAAAUGUAGUGUGUUGUGUAGGAGACUCAGAAAUGUCCCAUACGACACACAACUUUUUCACCUCUAAUUCAACCAUGGACAACUUAUUUUUGUUGGUUGUCAUUUUUUUAAAUCAUUAUCCAGGAGUACUUAAAAUUAGUACCAUAAAAAAAUUGAAGUUGUUUGUUUGGACAGCAGAUUGAAAAAUGUGUGAAAAUGGCUGAUUUUGCUAGCAUGGGAUCGCCCUUAUAGGAAAAAAUAAAUUCAUGGUGAAAUCUGCUACAUGUACCUUUUUCAAGAGAGUUUCAGUUAUAAAUAAGUCACUUUUUAAAAAUAUAAUUUGUACAUGUAAAUAUUGUAGGCUUCCCUUUUCCUGUAAUUAUAACUUAGUCAUAAUUUUUGUUUACUUAUCUUGCUAACUCUUUCACCUUUUAAUAGUGUACAUGUAAUGCCCAGUUGAGUAUUAAAAAAUGUGCAAUAUCAAUGUACAAUUCUUAUUAUUGUUAUUAUUAAAAAUAUUCUAAAAUUUAAUAUAGCAAUUGAAUCAAUGAAGAGGGAGAAGCUUUGAAUUCAUAAUAGAUUAAACAAAUAUUUUGUGAUUUUUUUUAUUUUGUACCAAAAAACCCAACAAUUUAAGAUUUUAAUUAUUUUAUACUUGAAUUUAAGGUGUCCUUUUCCAUACUAAACUUUGUUCAUUUACAAUUCACAAAAUCAACGAACCUGACAUUUUAUACAGAGCUAUCAGACCAAGUCUGUGUGUUUGGUUUGGUUCGGAAGUACCAUGCUCAGCGAAAUUCCUUUUAGUUGGGCGGUUCAGCUACAGCACUAGUUCCACAUCAGAUGAUCUGAUAUCAUGAAGUUCAUUUCAACAAUAAUGUGAGGUGUUUACUCAUGGAAAACAAAUUAAAUAUUUGCAGUGGAAUUGAAACUUUUAUUUUCUUGAUGUUUAGAUGCCAGAAGAAGUACCAGAAUGGGGAGUUCAAAUCCACCGUGGUCUAUAUGAUUCUUUGAGGAGUAAACUAGGUGAAGCUCAACGUGACCCAACCCUGAGACUUGUAGCUACAAUGUUGAGAAGUUUUGGAGUUGAUUGGGCCCUAGGACAGACUGGUGAUAAGAGAAAAUUUUUCCUUCUGCUUGUGCACCUUGCUUGUGUGGAGACAAGGAUGACUCUUGAAAAUACUAGCCCACAAUAUAUCCACUCCAAGACAUCUGUUCUUCUAUCCUGUUACACAUUACUGGAGGUUAGCAUUCAAUAUUUGACAUGUGGACCAUCAUUGGAGCUUGAUCGACAGCAGGUUAUACAAUUACAUUCAGCGAUGACUGGAGCAUUCAGUGCUCUUAUGUUUUAUAUGAAUUCAGUCAAAGAUCAAGAAGAACAGAUAACCAAUGCACUGAUGAGAGCCACUGUUCAUGUUUUAACUGUUUGGUUGGCUGAGGAGACUACUGCUUUAAGACAAGAAGUCUACAAACUUCUCCCCUUCAUCCUCAAAGUUGUUCAAAAAUCUUAUAAGGAGGUUGCCCAGGCAAUGGUCUGUACAUCACCAUCAUCAACAUCAACAUCUCUCAGCGACAUCGGAUCUCUGUCUACGGCUCCUUCAACUUCUUCUAUCCCUUCAUCAUCGAUCCCAUCAACCUCAACCCCAUCUACCAGUACACUACCACCAUACCCUUCAUGGGAGUCUGAUCUACCGGUAGUAGCUCCACCUGCUAAGGAUCUGUUCAGGCUCCUACUACCAGCCCUAUGUCAUCUCACUGCUGAGGAUGAACCAAGGAGGAUCUUGAGGGAGUGCAAAGGUUUAGAGCUUCUCCUGGAAUACUUUGCAUAUCACUGGAGACUGGUCAAUGAACUCAAGAGAAAAGAGUCAGAGACCAUUGCCGAUCGAAUCGAUACCGACCGCGAGAUCGACGACUCGGAGGCCACAGACAUAGGUAUCGCAAAUCCUUUUCGAGUGUGGCUGGAGGCCCUGAUUACCGACAAAUAUCCGUACCGAUUUCCGAAGUCCGACAACCAUUAG